AUGGCAUCGGUUCAGCCGUCUGUGGCCAACAACGUUGCCAAUGCCAGUGCUGCCGCUGCCACCGCUACGGCGGCGGCGCUGCCCACCGACUCACACCAGCCGACACCGCCAAAAUCGCUCUCCGACGACCUGAUCUACCAGUGGAUCAGCGAGCUCGUCAACGGCACCCAGCUGCGGGAGCGGGCGCUUUUGGAGCUCGGGAAGAAACGUGAGCAGUACGACGACCUUGCUUUAGUGCUCUGGAACUCGUUUGGGGUGAUGCUGGUGCUUUUGGAGGAGAUCAUCUCGGUGUACCCCUACCUUAACCCGCCGGUGCUUACUGCCAGUGUCAGCAACCGGGUGUGCAACGCGUUGGCGUUACUCCAGUGCGUGGCACUGAACCCUCACACGCGUACCAAGUUUCUUGCUGCCAAUUUGCCGUUGUACUUGUACCCGUUUUUGUCGACCAACGCCCGCCAGCGGCUGUUUGAGUACCUCAGACUCACGUCGCUCGGGGUCAUCGGCGCCUUGGUGAAAAACGAUACUCCCGAAGUGGUCAAUUUCUUGCUCACCACCGAGAUCGUGCCGUUGUGUCUUAACAUCAUGGAGAUCUCGCUGGAGCUUUCGAAGACGGUGGCGAUUUUCAUCCUUCAAAAGAUUUUAUUGGACGACCAGGGGCUCACCUACAUCUGCCACACCUACGAGCGGUUUCACACUGUGGCCCAGGUGCUUCUGAAGAUGAUCGAUCAGUUAGCGGCGGCGCAGCAGCAAAAACAGCCUCCGCCCCUGGCGGCGCCGGGCCCAGCACCGGCCCAGGCCAACAACAACUCGCUGGCCCGGUUGUUGAAGCACGUGGUGCGGUGCUACAUGCGCUUGCUGGACAACUUGGAGGCGCGCAAGGCGUUGGCCACCAUCUUGCCCGAGCCGUUGCGCGACGGCACCUUUCUGCUGGUGUUGCAGGACGACGUCGCCACUUCGCGGUGCUUGGCCCAGUUGUUGCGCAACAUCAGCGAGUAG